GCCGAUGUAUGCUGAUGUGGCACUGCGCGACCCGCCUCCUGCAGCCUUUACGCAUUUCCGGGACACGUUUUUUUCUUUUUCCUACACACGUAAACAUGGCGCCCCCCACCCCGCUGUUAGCAGUGCGAGCAUCAGAUGGAACGGCUCUGCUCAGCGGUCCUCCGACAUGUGAGCCGCACUCGGCCUUCCACAGGGACUCUCGGCCCAGCAGGUGCGUCACCUUCAGCAGAGACGGGACGCUGUUCGGCUGGUGCAACGGACACAAUGUCUCUGUGGUGAAGUCUUCAGACGGCUCCAUCAUGUCAACCUUUGACCUCCCGAAGACGUCUCUGCUGGACUUUUCUCCUCUCAACAACAUUCUGGUCACCUGGCAGCUGUACAACAAGACACAGAACAGUCCUCAGGGUGAAGCUAACCUCCAGCUGUGGGACUUACGGAGCGGUCAGCUGAUCAAAGCUCUGUAUCAGAAGAAGGUCGACUCCUGGUGUCCCAGCUGGUCUGACGAUGAGAAGAUCUGUGUGAGGAGCGUCAACAAUGAGCUGCACUUCUACGAGAACAACGACUUCAACACAAUCGCCAACAAGCUUCACAUGCAGAAAGUGUCAGACUUCGUGUUGUCACCUGGAGGUCAACCCAGCAAGGUAGCCGUCUACGUCCCGGGCAGUAAAGGAGCUCCUUCGUUUGUGCGCCUGUAUCAGUACCCGGUGCUGGGAGGACCCACCGCUGCGCUCGCCAACAAGAGCUUCUUCAAGGCCGACAAAGUCAUCAUGCAGUGGAACAAGAAAGCCUCUGCGGUUCUGGUGACGGCGAGCACUGAAGUCGAUAAAACCGGAGCUUCGUACUAUGGAGAGCAGACGCUACAUUACCUCGCUGUCAACGGAGAGACGGCUCUGGUUCAGCUGCCGAAGAACGGUCCCAUCUACGACGUGGUGUGGAGUCCGAACUCCACGGACUUCUGCGUGGUGUACGGCUUCAUGCCGGCCAAAGCCACCGUCUUCAACCUGAAGUGUGACCCCGUGUUCGACUUUGGAACUGGACCACGAAACGCUGCCUACUACAGUCCUCAGGGUCACAUCCUGGUUCUGGCUGGUUUUGGGAACCUGCGCGGUCAGAUGGAGGUCUGGGAUGUGAAGAAAUACAAACAGGUGUCCAAACCUCAAGCGCCUGACAGCACACAUUUCUCCUGGUGUCCUGACGGCGAGCACGUCGUCACGGCGACGUGUUCUCCACGGCUGCGCGUCAGCAACGGCUACAAGAUCUGGCACUACACCGGCUCUGUGCUGCACAAAUGGGACGCUCCGGCGGGUUCAGAGCUCUGGGAGGUCCUGUGGCAGUCAUUUCCCGACGGCAGCUUCCCUGAACGAGCCGUCAAGUACCAGGCGGCCGCCAGCGAGCUGGGAACCACGCAGGCCGCGCCCACACAGGCAUACCGCCCACCUGCACUGAGACACCUGCCGGCCACAGCCAGCACCAAACUGCAUGAGGAGGAGCCUCCUCAGAACAUGCGUCCUGGUGCUUCGGGGGAGAAAAGUCUCUCUAAAUCAGCUCUGAAGAACCAGAAGAAACGAGAGGCCAAGAAAGCUGCUAAACAGGAGGCAAAACCUGAACCUGAGCCUCCAUCUGACCCCGCCCCUGUCAGCAACAGCCAAUCAGAGCCAAGCAGUGGCGACCCAGAGACUGACAAGAAGAUAAAGAACUUAAAGAAGAAACUUAAAGCCAUCGAGGAGUUGAAGGAUCAGCAGGCGUCUGGAAAAGUCCUGCAGAAAAACCAGCUGGAGAAGAUACAGAAGGAAGAUCAGCUGCUGAAGGAGCUGGAGGAGCUGCAGAUCAGACAGUAGAGGGCGCUGCAGGAGCGACAGGCCCCGUCUUCAAUCCCAUAAUGCAUUGCGCACUCACACACACACAGUACAGAGAGUACCGGUGUGUGUGUGUGUGUGUCAGUUAUCUUUGUUGGACUUUAAGAGACUGAAGGCUUCUGUUUCUGUAUUUUCCCCUUGAAAUGUUUUGAGUUUCCUCAGUCGUUUUCACCUGGCAGGUUUGCAUGAGGGGGUGGGGCCACGUCUCCCGCAGUCAUGAACUGAUUGAACUGGUUUGCGUUCUGUUUUCAUUCACCCGCCUGCUGCUGAGAGCAUCAGUCCAUUCCUCUGUCUGUGGAUGAUACCUAAAGGAAUUCUGGGAAAUGUGAGAUGAAAUUGAGGUGUGUGUGUUUACUGAAAAAAAUCAAAGGACAGCAGUGUGUGUCACAGAAAAACUGAACCUAAAGAAAAGAACCAAGGACUGUCAGAAAUCAGCUUUUCAAAUGAACAUUCUGACAUUUUAAGAAUUUCCAAGAAUGUUGAAAUGUUCCUUUAACACAGUGAACCAGAUGUGUGUGUGUGUGUGUGUGUGUGAGAGAGAGACAGAGACACUGUAUCAAAACCAGCCCAUUGAAGCCCUGUUGCUAUGCAACAUCUGUACAGCUACUGAAGCCUGAAGACAAUGAUCCUUUCAAAAUAAAAGCCUCAUCUCCACACGUCACUGCUUUGGGGCAACAACUUUAGUUCACAGGUUUGAGUUCAACUCCAAUAAACUCUUUGUUAUUGACUCA